UCCGCCCCGUAGGCGCAUUCGCUCGCACGCUUCGUAGACGGGAACCACCCGUUAUUAAUUGUCAUCAGCGUCGUUGUUGUUGUCGUUGCCAUCGAGAACAAGGAUCGAGACCGACUUGCAGUGUGAAGAAUCCAAGUUCGACGAGCACCGAUUCGAUCGAGAAGAAUUCAUUUCGUGAUCGGUGAUUGUCUCGCUGAUAAAUCGUCGUUGAUCAACGGUUGAUCCAUCCGGUUCGACAGUAGACGACGGUGUACACUUGCUGCUACACAUAUACAAGUAUUCACGGUUUUUCCGACAAGAGAUAAACCGAGAGACAAAAGUAGCCGAUUUCGGGCUCGAACAGUUUUAUCAACGAAGAACAACACGGCGGAUAUGAUGGCUGUCGCAGCGGCGCAGAAGAAUCGCGAAAUGUUCGCUAUCAAGAAGUCUUACAGUAUCGAGAACGGAUAUCCGGCAAGAAGGAGAUCCCUGGUGGACGAUGCUCGUUUCGAAACGUUGGUUGUCAAGCAAACGAAGCAGAGCGUGUUGGAAGAAGCUCGUCAACGUGCGAAUGACUCGAUAACCGAUCAGGAUCACUUAGAGACGGAACGUUAUGCAUCGUCGAGCGACGAUGAACAGGCGGAGACGUUGGCUUGUGCUGCUAAGCACGGAGAAGCCAAAGCUGAAGUUUCUUCAUCGGAGAGCGAUGGCAGACCGGACGAGGAUUACAACGAUGACGCCGGAUUGACCGAGGAGGAAGUGGUGCUAGCAAAGACCAUAGCCGAAUGCCCCGAGAACGAGAACGCCGUUCAGAAAGCGGCUCUAGUUCUGCGUCUACGCGAGGGAAUCAGUUCAUUGGCGAGAAUCCUGAAGACGAUCGAGAACUUCAAGGGAACGGUCACCCACGUGGAGUCGCGACCUUCGAAGAAGGAAGGCCUGCAGUUCGACGUUCUAGUGAAGGUCGACAUGACCAGGCAGAGUCUGUUGCAACUGAUCAGGAAUCUCCGUCAGAGCGCCGCUCUGGACGGCGUCACUCUGCUCGCGGACAAUUCCGUCAGCAUCAAAGACCCGUGGUUCCCGCGACACGCGUCUGAGCUCGACAACUGCAACCACCUGAUGACCAAGUACGAGCCCGAUCUCGAUAUGAAUCAUCCCGGUUUCGCCGACAAGGAGUACCGAGCCCGCAGGAAGAUCAUCGCGGAGAUCGCGUUCGCUUACAAAUACGGCGAUCCAAUCCCGAGCAUUCCCUACACCGAGACGGAGAACGACACCUGGUCCCGUGUGUUCAACACGGUCGUGGACCUGGUACCGAAGUACGCUUGCGUCGAGUAUCAGAGAGUGUUUAAGAAGCUGCAAGAGGAGAAGAUCUUCGAGGCUCAUCGUAUACCUCAGCUUCAAGAAGUGAGCGAUUUCUUGAAGAAGAGCACCGGGUUCACUCUGCGUCCCGCGGCUGGACUGCUCACCGCUAGAGACUUCCUGUCCAGCCUUGCGUUCAGGGUGUUCCAGAGCACCCAGUACAUUCGUCACAUCAAUAGCCCGUACCACACGCCAGAACCCGAUUGCAUCCACGAGCUCCUGGGACACAUGCCGCUGUUGGCUGAUCCAAGCUUCGCUCAAUUCUCUCAGGAAAUCGGUUUAGCUUCGUUGGGUGCCUCAGACGAGGAAAUCGAAAAAUUGUCGACCAUCUACUGGUUCACCGUCGAGUUCGGUCUCUGCAAGGAGGGUCAAGAGGUGAAAGCCUACGGCGCUGGUCUUUUGUCCGCUUACGGAGAGCUGCUUCACGCUCUCAGCGACAAAUGCGAACACAGAGCUUUCGAACCAACCACCACUGCCCUUCAGAAGUAUCAGGAUCAAGAAUAUCAACCGAUUUAUUACGUGGCAGAGAGCUUCGAAGACGCCAAGGAGAAGUUCCGUCGCUGGGUGGCUACCAUGAGCAGACCCUUCGAGGUCAGAUACGAUCCCCACACGCAACGUGUCGAGGUGCUCGACAGCGUGGACAGAUUGGAGAACCUAGUGUCCCAGUUGAACACGGAGAUGACCCACCUUACGAACGCGAUCGACAAAAUCAAGAGGUCCUUCGCGUAAAGACGAGGAGGGAGUUUCAUCCUCGUGACACGAUACGGUUCUUCCUUUCGCGAAUCACCGAGCAUACUCGCUCGAGAAUCCCCGACGUUUUCUUUCUUCUUCGAAGCUCUAUGUCUACGUAGCGAAUUUCAAUCGAUCGAAAGAAUCAUUUCGAGAAAGGUGAUACACGAUUUCGAGGGCAACGUUUCUCUAUGGAAAAUACGUCGAAAUCGUCUAGGCACACUGGCUCGUUGCUACACAUGUCACGUCAUCUCCAUCAUCGUUCGUCGUUUCGCAUUAAAUCGUCCUCACUCUCUGUAUAAAGUCGCUCAUCCGCGUGUAACCGAAGCGGAUUCGUCGUUGGCACACGCGCGUGGACCGUAUUCGAUGGAGCCAAUAAUUUAAUCGUGUUAUUUAUUCAAUUAACGUCCCUCGUCUACGCGCGUCAUUCGUGAAAAUAAGAAAAAAAUAUAUAUUUAUUGGUUAGAUGAUUGAAAACGACUCGAGCCCGAGACACUUGUCAGCGUGGAAAUCUCGCCGUUUACGUUACACGCGUCCUAUUGUAUUUUAUUCUAUCGUGUUACAUCUUAUUAUUAUUGUAUUAUUAUUGUGUAUUAGUCGUAGAAUUAUUGCGUAGUUGUGUUUUCAAGUAGUUACACGUAGCCAAACGAAAGUAUCCACCGCGAUAGUAAGUGAUAUCAGCGUGUCCUCUUCGAUUUUAGAUCAAUUGUACGAACAGGACGACUAGUAUUAAACAGGCAAUCGUAGAUUUUAUUUUCUUUUUUUCUGUUCUCGAUAACCAUUAACGAACCAUUGAUUCUUGGGAGACAAAUUUGUUCUCUCGAUAGGUAUUAUGGAUGAAUAUAAGAGAGGAUCGAGGUUGUUUCCCAAGGAACAAAUUACUAUUCAUGGAAAUGUAAAACUUCGUUAACGAAGUCACGGAUCAAUGUUGUAUUAAAAACGCACCGUUUAGAGUUUAGUGCGAGUCCUCUGCUUGUGCACCCUGCACUUAUUAUUUUCCCUCUUGCUAACUCGUACCAAAUACUUUUUCCCUCUCGUUCGAAUGCGUUCGAAAAUGAUCCGGCGCAUUAGAUUUCCUUUGUAUUAUAUUGUAAAGUACUCAGAGCAUAAUAAAAACCUAAGAUAUAAAUCUUA